AUGUCUCUGGAGGGUUCAGUCUUCACAGCCCCUGAGGACAGCGGGGAUCCGGUCCUGAAUGUCUCCACAUGGGAGCAGCACCAGUACCAUAUCUGGCUCCCUGGCAUCGGGAUCGCUGCUGUCUACGGGAUCAUCAUUUUCGUGGGUCUGGUGGGGAAUGUCACGUUAAUGAGGACGUGUCUGAUGGUGAAGUCCAUGCGCACGGUGCCCAACUUGUUCUUAUCCAGCCUGGCUCUGGGGGACGUGCUGCUGCUGCUGACCUGCGCCCCGGUGGACGCCAGCCGGUACCUGGUGGACGAGUGGCUGUUUGGCCGCGUUGGAUGCAAACUGAUCCCGUUCAUCCAGCUCAGCUCGGUGGGAGUCUCCGUGUUCACCCUCACUGCUCUCUCCGCUGACCGGUACAGAGCUAUAGUCAGACCUCUGGACAUCCACAGGUCCAGCGCUACUCGCAGUAUCUGUCUCCGAGCGGGGAGCAUCUGGCUGCUCUCGAUGAGCCUGGCCAUCCCUGAGGCUGUGUUUUCCGACCUGCACACCUUCACCACCAGUCACACCAACGAGACAUUUGUGACCUGUGCACCUUACCCCAGCGCGGGGGAGCUGCACCCCAAAAUCCACUCCACUGCCUUCUUCCUCAUCUUCUACAUCAUCCCACUCUUCACCAUAUCUGUUUACUACUGCUUCAUUGCUCACAGUCUGGUCAGGAGCUCCGUGGAUAUCCCUGCUGAAGGAAACCUGCACCUCCAGAAACAGAUCAAGUCCAGAAAGCGUCUGGCCAAAACGGUGCUGGUGUUUGUCGGCUUGUUUGCCGUCUGUUGGCUGCCAAGUCACGUGAUCUACCUGUACCGCUCCUACCACUACGACCAGGUGGACACCUCGCUGGGCCACUUCAUCGCCAGCGUGUGCGCUCGCAUUUUGGCUUUCACCAACUCCUGUGUGAACCCAUUUGCCCUCUACCUGAUGAGCAAAAGCUUCAGAAAACACUUCAACAAGCAGCUCCUGUGCUGCACUUCCCCCAGCCGCUUCAAAAGUCAAAACAGUGGAAGCACCAACAUCACCACCGUCUGAAGGCAACUGUGUCCUCUUUAACAUGAUUACACAUGUGCUUCACAGCAAUGGAGGCAUGUUCAGCAUCUUUGCUCACACAUGUUUACUUCUGCUUUAGAAGUGACAACCUCAGUGUGACUUGCUAGCGGUUUAGAAAGAUUGGGUCGCGUUUGGUGGGAUGAAUGAUAGGGGGUCGAGGAGAGGGAUAGAUGACGAUUGUUUGGGGAUGACCUCGGUCGAACAGAGUCAGGGUGUGUUAGAGUGUCUGGGAUCAUAGGAGUUGAGUCUCAGGGUGUGGGCACGUCUUGAAAGGUGUCAUGCUUUAUUAUGCAAGCACUGCAGAUGCGCAGAUGUGAAGUCGCUUGACGAUGUUACAAAAAUGUAGAGAAAACAUAUGUUAUCAUUGCAUGAGAUUAAUAUUUGAUAAAACAUUUAAAAGUUCUCUCUAUUGGCCUAUUCUAAAAUGUAUAUGAUUGUGUAAAAUAAAUG